AUUUAGAGAGAGAUAGAGAGAUAGAGCGAGAAAGAGAGAGAAAAUGGGAGAGUCUAAGACGGUACAUUCGCCGCUGGUGACAUACUUUUCCAUGCUGUCGUUGCUCUCUCUGUGCCCUCCUUUUGUUGUUCUACUACCCUAAAACCAAGACUCUAGCGGACAAUGUUGGUUUUUGGAGAAAGAGGGUUAAGGAUUGGCCAACCCAGUAAAACUCCGGUCGAAACCAGUUGGUUCCGGCCAGUUCGAUCAGUUCAUUGGUCCUCUUGAAGAUCCUAGAGCCUAUAGAGUAUUCAAAAAGUUCCACCACCUGCCCAGCUUUCCACAAAAGCUCUCUACCCAGUUCCAGUUCCAGUUCUUGCUUCUCGUAUGGUGAUAAAGUCACGUAUUUCCCCGAUGGUAUACAAUGGUACAUGCUGAUGGGUCUGUUUCCCAAACUUUCGAUUACUUGAAGCAGCACGGGCUUAAAGGAUUUAUAGAUAUAUGGCCGAGACCCACGGCUACUGCUUGGAAAAUUAUUGCUUGUUAUGCUGCUUUUGAGGCUGUGCUUCAACUUCUUUUACCUGGUAAAAGGGUCGAGGGCCCAGUAUCUCCAGCAGGAAAUCGGCCUGUUUACAAGGCAAAUGGGAUGGCUGCAUAUGUAGUGACUUUGGUUUCUUAUCUUGGUAUUUGGUGGUUUGGGAUAUUCAACCCCUCGCUGGUUUAUGAUCAUCUGGGAGAAAUAUUUUCAGCACUCAUUUUUGGAAGCUUUAUCUUCUGUAUUUUCUUGUACAUAAAAGGUCAUGUUGCGCCAUCUUCCACCGAUUCUGGUUCAUCUGGGAACAUAAUAAUUGAUUUCUACUGGGGCAUGGAGCUAUAUCCUCGAAUUGGUAAACAUUUUGAUAUAAAAGUUUUCACAAACUGCAGAUUUGGGAUGAUGUCUUGGGCAGUUCUUGCUGUGACAUAUUGCAUAAAACAGUAUGAAGUGAAUGGGAGAGUGGCUGAUUCUAUGCUUGUCAAUACCACAUUGAUGCUGGUCUAUGUCACAAAGUUUUUUUGGUGGGAAUCAGGUUAUUGGAACACCAUGGAUAUUGCACAUGAUCGAGCUGGUUUUUAUAUUUGCUGGGGAUGCUUGGUAUGGGUUCCAUCUAUCUAUACUUCUCCAGGCAUGUACCUUGUCAACCAUCCUGUAAACCUUGGAACUCAGCUAGCACUUUAUAUACUAGUGGCAGGCAUUCUGUGCAUAUAUAUCAACUAUGAUUGUGACAGGCAAAGGCAAGAAUUUCGUAGAACAAAUGGCAAAUGCUUAGUUUGGGGAAAAGCUCCUUCAAAGAUAGUUGCCUCAUAUACUACCACAUCUGGGGAAACAAAAAACAGUCUUCUUUUAACAUCUGGAUGGUGGGGCUUAUCUCGUCAUUUUCAUUAUGUACCGGAAAUAUUAGCUGCCUUCUUCUGGACUGUUCCUGCUCUCUUUAAUCAUUUCCUACCUUAUUUCUAUGUGAUAUUUCUUACUAUCCUUCUUUUUGACCGAGCUAAGAGGGAUGAUGAUCGAUGCCGGUCCAAGUAUGGAAAAUAUUGGAAACUAUAUUGCGAGAAGGUACCUUACAGGAUCAUUCCCGGAAUCUACUGAAUAACCCGGAAUCUACUGAAUAACGUCGUUUCAUUUCAAUGUAGUUGACCGAAUUGUUCUUAUCAGCUUAUGGGUGACUUGAGGAUGAUAUUUAUAUUGGCAGACUCUGGUAUUGCUUUGUGAUCGAAACUUUUGAUUUGUAGCAUGGUGACAGACUCCGUUAUUGCCGUGUUUGAAACUCUAUUAUUAUUAUUUUUUUAAA